UGUGUUCUAUUACUUUAUAUACUAAUGGUUGAUCCUCGAUUGCUUCGAUAUUCAGACUUAUCUCCCGGACAAGAACCGCUCAGUUGGAACACGAGGAUGAAGAUCGCCCUCGGUGCCGCUCAAGGGCUCGCAUACUUACAUGAUGUGGCGAACCCACCCGUUAUUUACCGCGACCUGAAAUCAGCAAACAUAUUAUUGGAUGACGACUUCAACCCGAAACUUUCGGAUUUCGGUCUCGCAAAGCUCGCUCCUGUUGGUGAUAGAACACACGUCUCGACGAGGGUGAUGGGAACCUAUGGUUAUUGUGCUCCCGACUACGCGAUGAGCGGAAAGCUUACUGUGAAGUCGGACAUAUAUAGCUUCGGCGUGGUGCUCUUGGAGCUCCUCACAGGGAGGAAAGCAUAUGACAUCACCAGGAAAGGUGGGGAGGAGAAUUUGAUCACUUGGGUAUGUUUUUCCUUAUUCAACUUCAAUUAG